AUAUUGUCAAAAGUCAAAGUUAUCGAUAUUGAUUGAUUGCCGCCAUUAUUUAUCCGAAUUUUCCUAAGUUAUUACAAUAUUCUGUUUUUGUGCUGCUCGUGUGAAUAUUGCAUAUACCAACAUAAUGGUAUACAAAAAGUGUUGUGUUGGUGGUUGCAAUACAACACAUGAAACGCACCGGAUUUUCAGUUUCCCUAGGAACGAUAAUUUAAGAAAUUUAUGGAUGUCUUUCAUAGUGCCGACAAAUCCCCAGCUCAUUGCACUUUCCAAAGAACAGUUACUUAACAAACAUGUCUGUGAAAAACAUUUUGAUAUAUUUCAGUUCGACAAUGAAGGCAGAAGACUUCGAUACUCUUACCCGUCCUUGCUUACUGACAAUGAAAUAGCUCAUGGUGUGCCUCUAAUUGCAACAGGAUGGGAUGUCACAACUGAACAUAAUUAUUGUAAAGUGCAAGAUGACGAUGAUUUCACAGAAGCUGUGGUAGUGAUUAGAAAGCCUGGAAGUGAUGUUACGAUUGAACACAAUUACUGCAAAGAGCAAAAUGAUUGUUCCAAAUCAUCGGUAGAGAUUGGAUCAUCAGAUGUUGGAAAUUCUCAUGAACAGCCUUCAUGUUCAAAUUUUUCAACUGUUGCAACAGUUGUAGAAAAUAAAGAUACAUUCCUGGAGCAACCUCCAAGUGCAAGUACCAAAGGCAUGGAGAUAGAUGUUCUCGAAGAACUCGUAGGAAUUGAUUCUAAUGUUAAUGUGGUGAAUCAAAUGUUGCCAAAAGGUAGCACAUGUACAAAAAAGCAAAAAGGUUCGGUGAAGAAAAUAGUAUCAAGGAAAAGAAAAUUGGUUAAAAUUUUGACUAAUAUUGCAACUGAAACUUUAAGUGACUCAGUAUCACAAAGACUUGAUCAAGCCCAAUCCCUAUCAAGAAAUAAAGACCUUUUGGAAAACUUUUAUUUGUUAAACAAACAAGCACAGACUUUCUUGUUUAUGCAAUUAAAACAAAUUCAUAAAAGCAAAAUGGCCAGAAGGUUUACCUUAGAUGAAAAAUUAAUGGCGUUGCUCAUAAUGAAACAAAGCCCCAAAAGUUAUAAACUAUUAGAAAAAAUGUUUGCCUUGCCUAGUAAACGGACAUUAAAUAGACUUUCUGAGAAGGUUUCAAUACAACCAGGACUCAAUCCACUAAUAUUUGAACAUAUAUCAAAUACAACCAAAAAAUGGGACACUAAACAAAAGCUAUGUACAAUCGUUUUUGACGAAGUCUCUCUAACACCACAUUUAACUUUUAAUGAAAAAGAUGAUAUAAUUAAUGGGUUUGUAGAUAUAGCUGGAGAGAGAAAACUGAAAUAUUGUGAAAAAUUCCUUAUCUUGUACAGGGAUGGUACUCACUUUAUUCAUAACUAUUUGAAUUAUAGCUGUAUUGGAAGUAAUAUAAAAAGUAAUUUGAAAAGAAAAAUAUUGAGCACUUUGAGUUUUUCCUGCCUAGGGUGUGAUAAGCAUGCCUUAAUUGUAAAAAACUUUUUCACCAAUAUUUUAAUUAGAUUACAUGGACACAAUUGGUGCAACAUAAACAAUAAAAUAUUGAAGGGUGAUAUUGAUGAAAAAUGUCCUUAUUAAAUUAGAUGUUUUAUAUGCCUCCACUGUCGUAUUAGGUACGCCUGUAAAGACAGAGGUAGAAAUAAAUAAAUAAAUAAAUAAAGUUACUCCCUAAAAAUCUCUGGUCUGUAGCAACCUAGAAUAUGCUUCUAUAGCGCGGAGUCGAUUUUAUGCUAUAUUACGCUAUUAGCAUCUUGAGCAUACUUGUUAUUUUUAAUGUUGAUGUCGAUAUUUGUUUAUUUUUCAGAUGCUUAUCAUGGAACAACCUCCAAGUGAAAGUACCAACACCAAGGAGAUAAAUGUUCUUUUUAAAAGUAAUUUAUGUUACCAUAUAACUUAGUUAUAUGAUAAUAUAGAUUACUUUUUAAUUACGAUUAUACUAAACAGUCGUUAACAGUAGCCAUACAGAGUUAAUACAUACAAUAUAGAUGUAUACAUUAUAUAUUUAUUCUUUAAUUUUGGGUUUAUGUAUAAGAGCAUAAAAUUCACAAAUAUUGUUUGUUUUCAGGAAUAGAAAUCUGAUGUGAAAAGCUGAUGUGGUGAGACAAAUGUUGCCAGAAGAUACAAAAUGUACACAUUGGCAAAAUGGUUACGUGGUGAAGAAAAUGAAAUAAAAGAAGAGAUGUUAAAAUUUUAAAAAAAGGUUGUAACUUGUAGGUGAACAAUCCUCACAAAGACUUGCUUAAUGACCAAUCUAUUUUAAAACUGUAGAGAACUAUUUGAAAACCUUUAUUUUAUGUUAAACAAAUAACUUUCUUAUUAAUACAAUUAAAAUAAUUUUGUAAAAAAAAUGGCCAGGCCAAAAAAGUAACUUGAAAAGUAAAAUAUUAAGCACUUAAAUAUG